CUAACAUUAUGCGCUCUGCUUACUGUGCUUAGCCAGUCGUGUGUACUGGUGGAGACACUCUUAAACUUGCACAGGAAAGUAUUAUUAGCUGUCAUUUCUGUGUCACCGGCUAAUUAUUAGCCUAGUUUGUUUGCUAACGUCAAGGAAAACAGCCUUUAACCAGCCAUGCCUUUGCUUCCCCAUUUAAUUGUCUAGCUUGUUUGCUGUUGUCUCCAGCAGAAGUUAGCAUGUCGAACGAUCUGGCUGGCGUGUGGGAGGUGGCACUGAGUGAUGGAGUCCACAGGAUAGAGUUUGAACACGGCACGACCACCGGGAAGAGGGUCAUCUCCGUGGAUGGAAAGGAGAUACUGAGAAGGGACUGGAUGUUCAAACUCGUGGGGAAGGAGACGUUCAGUGUGGGCCAGUCAGACACCAAAGCCACCAUCAACAUUGAUGCAGUCAGUGGUUUUGCAUACGAGUACACCUUGGAGAUCAACGGGAAGAGCCUGAAGAAGUACAUGGAGAACAGGUCAAAGGUCACCAGCACCUGGGUGCUCAACCUGGACGGCAUGGACUGUAGAGUGGUGCUGGAGAAAGACACAAUGGAUGUGUGGUGUAAUGGAGAAAAGAUUGAGACUGCAGGGGAGUUUGUGGAUGACGGCACAGAAACACACUUUACACUCGGGGACCACAACUGCUGUGUGAAAGCUGUGAGCAGCGGGAAGAGGCGGGAUGGGAUCAUUCACACGCUGCUCGUAGACGGCACAGAGAUAGCCGAAUGCACGGAGUGAUUGCGUUACAUGUGUUUACAUUCAUAUGAGAGCAAAGAUCGGGUUUGUAUUUGUGACUCUGAAUCUGUGAGACUGAGUGCAGGUGUGGAUAAAGGACUGUAAUUUAAAUCUGUUGGAGUCAGGGACCAGCUGACAUAAAUAUGUGCUUCUAAGUGUCGAUGGCCAUACUGUGCAGGGUUUAUUAGCCAUAUAUGGGUAAAGGUUGUUCUGUAGUUAAUAUAGAAAGAAGGCAGGACCUGCAGUCUGAGCAGUUUUAGAAGACAAGGUGCAGUCAUAAAUGUCAGUCACAAAAAAAAGAUUUACUGUCUCAAACUGUUCACACUGAAAAAGAAUCAACUUUAUAUUGAUAGAAAUAUGACCAACCUUGGUAAUACUAUUUACAUAGAAGUCCAGAUGUGCCACAUUUAUCUACUCAACAUGUUGUUACUGCGGGCAGCUGCUGUUGAGGUUGUACUGUCUCAGAUGUCAUUACGAUGAGAACUACCACCCACUUUACAAACCACCUGCCCUGGUAAACCCCAAACUCUCUGCUCAUCAUGUUAGCUUGCUUGUAUUUUUUCAAUAUUGCGCCAUAGGAGGUUUACAUACCAGGGUACGAAAUUAUUCCUUAAACGUAGCACCAUUCCAGUGUGCACUGGAGUGGUCCUCGUUUCUGUUGACAUGCUAAAUGGUCUUUGUUUCAUUGUUGAAAUCAGUUGAUAUUACAGUUACAUGUAAUUAGCUUACUGCUGUAGAUGUGUCAAAACAUUUGAGGGUGCUUUGUCUACAAUUUAUUAGCUGUAACAGUUACAUAGACAAUCAUUCCCAUGUGACAAUAUUUGUAGUGAUAAAACACACCUGAAAUACACAAACACUUGCUGAUAUCCAGUCAUACUUUCUGUUGUGUUUAGAGUUGUUUUUGUUUUCAUUUUAAGGUCAGCUAUUAUUGUAUUAUUGUUAUACAUAUUUUUGUAAAUUAAUGGUUACAAAUUAAAGAUGGAACAUUCAA